AUAGGUGGUGUGGUUCUCAGUCUUAAUUUUGUUACGUGUUAACAUAGUUGUGUGUUUGGUUCCACAUUUAACAAGAAACCCUGAACAAAGGGUUAUCAUAACACAAUGAAUUUUGAGGAUGAAUCGCUCCAUUCCGUCCCACGCUCCCUGCAAUGUAAAUGCAAGCGAUCCAAUGUCGGAAACUCGGAAAGCCGUAUGUGAUUAAUAUAAUCUCAACACCGCUCGCAUCUAUCGGACUCUUGUACUGCACACAGAAGUUUAAGCACGUAUUUAAUAUUUUUUUAAUAUACCGUGUAGCUGUUUCUCGCAAAUUAAUUAGCAUUCGUACUCAACGGAAACAAGUGAAUCUAUGUAGGGAACACUUUUUAUGAGAACGGAGAUAUACAAAUAUCAAUGAGUUCAGAAUGUUCGUUCAUCGACAGCGGUAUCUCUUGUGGACACUGAUAGUCAUUUCAGGAACAUUCGUGUGCUACUACAACUUCAAUUCUAAAAUGUUUCCCAAGAGGAUAAUUUUUAAAAGGCCUCGACAUUUUCCUCUGAUCAUUAUUGAUAAUAAAGACUAUCUUUUGAAUACACCAGGGUGUCAGAUACCAAAUUAUGCAAAAAAAUACGUAUAUCGAAAAAUUGGUCCAAAAGUAUUUCCCGACACAGUAUGUGGUAGACGCGCUGUCACCGUUUUUGAAAAAAAUAAUUCAAUUACUUUUAAAAUAGACGAAAAGAUUAUGAAAACAUACUAUGCCAAGAAUUUUAGUUGCUGCUACCAAUUUGCAACCCAAUCUAAAAUACCUGGACACGAACAUGACCAGUUGGACUACACAAACUGCAGUAAUUUCAAAAAUGGUACAUCUGUAGAGUUUUUGGAGGAAAUCGUUACAGUCACAUGUAGAACAGGACAAUCUAAGAUCGCCUACAAAGAUGCUUACAUAAUCCUCAAGAAAAGAAACAUAGAUAAGAACGCAAAGGCUCCAAAAUGGAACAUUCUCAUGUUGGGACUAGAUACAAUGUCAAGAGUUCGAUUUUAUGAUACUUUGCCAAUCACUGCUAAAUAUUUUCGUAAAUACAGAUGGUUAGAUUACCGAGGAUACCAGAAGGUCGGUGACAAUACGCUUCCCAACUUAAUGACAGUGCUCACUGGUCUAAAUAUUUCUACAGUGGUAGAUAAAUGCCGAGCUGGUUCUUUGAACUGUUUCAAUUAUUUCAUAUGGAACAAAUUCAAAGAGGCUGGUUACACGACAUGUUACGGAGAAGAGUAUGUAACCUGUCCUGAUACUUUUUCUACAUUUAAGGGAUUCAAAACGAAUCCAACCGAUCAUUAUAUGCGAACAUUUUUUCUGACUGAUGAAACAUUAAUUAAACAGGUCCUGUGUACGAGAAAAAAGCCUUCAUCUACACAUUUACUCAAUUAUGCCAGAAGUUUUGCAACGACUUACAAAGAUAAUGGCUUUUUCGGACUGUUUUGGAUAAACUCAUACACCCACAAUCCUUUCGGCAACCCAUCAUUCCUCGACGCAGAAAUAGAAUCAUUCUUUAAAACACUGUACAAUUCUCAUACGUUAGAUAAUACGUUCGUUAUCUUCUUUAGUGACCAUGGCACAAGGUACGGUAACAUGAGAAUACCGAUGGAGUCUUAUUAUGAUGAUCGCUUGCCUAUGCUGUUUAUAUGGACGCCGAAAAACUUUAGACGAGAGUACACUGGCAAAUAUUACAGCUCAUACAUAAAUCAAGCUCGUCUAAUAACGCCUUAUGACUUACACCACACGUUAGCUGAUAUACUAAAGUUGUCAACAAAUACAAUUAAUGUUACGACAGCAAAGGGUUGUAAGCAAUGCUCAAGUUUGUUCCAAAUAAAGUCACCCUACAGGACCUGUGCCGAUGCAGGUGUCAGUGCAAACUGGUGCAGUUGCCAUAACAUGUCUUAUGUUCGUGGAAAUGCAAGUAGCACGCAGAAAAGCUUACAGCGAGCGAUGAUAUAUUUAAAUAACUUACAUAAAAAUAUAAAAACCAAACCAUGUUCGUCUUGUGCAAAAUUUAAACACCCACAGCUUCUGAGGUCGCAUGACUACCAUUACGAGAAUAAGACAUACAAUGUGAUAGCUUUCAUAACAUCACCACAUAGAGUGGCAUAUGAAGCUGUAGUAGAGACUAUCGGCACUGUAUCAGCAGUCUUAUCCCUACGGACCAUAACUUAUUACAAUUCAAGAGGGGGAUGUGUGAUAAACGGUAACCAUCGAGCCUAUUGUGUUUGUGAAUAUCGUGCAAAUUGUAGUCAUAAAACUUAAAUAAAACGUUUGAACUAUUAUAAAGUGACUGUGGACUGUGCUAGAAUGUCAGCUAUAACACAAGCUGCAUGAAUAAAUAGUAUUCCAAAGGAUUUCUUACAUUCCCUACUAGGGCUCCAUCGCGACGUUCUGAAGUAAAUGAAUUGCCGUUGUGGCGGCGUGACAGCGCAAUAAAGGCCGCGGCAUAAAAAUUAAUCUCUCUUUCCUUUCCAUUUUAGAAAAUCCAAGAUAAUGGUUCACUAAUUAUAUUCAUACCCAUUUAAAAAAAAUUAAGAGCUUGUAUUUUUUUAAUACCCUUGCUCCUUACCCUUACCCUCACUGCGAAUAAAAGAAGCUUAAAUAAAAUAAAAAAUAAGACAAAAUUGAGAUGAGCCG